GCUCAGCCCCUCUCUUACUCGUCAUGCAGCACCUAGAAGUGAUACCCAAUAAUCCAAGGACAAACGAUCCUCCCUUUGGCCUUCUCGACAGGAUCCGAGCCACAGGCGUGCAUUUCCCAGACAGGCUAUGGCCCCCAAUGGCGUUCCAUCUUCGUGAAUUGAUCCAGAAGUAUUUGGUCCCUGGAAAGUUGAUCGGAAAACAGCUACCCGCUGCGCUUGACGCGCUAAUCCAGGAGGCGUGUGCCAAGUAUCCAAUCCUCGUUAGGUUCGAAAGCCAUUGGCCGAUCCGCGAAUACGUCAAAAACUAUCUGUAUCACAAUCAAUCUCGUGAUGAGUGGCCGAUGUUGUCACGUAGAACACAGCGUUCUCGCAGCUCGGAGGCACCCUCGCAGCUUCGCGGCCAGAACGAAGAAGAGAAUGUUAUCGACCUUUCUCGCGAUUCCGACGAAGAAGAAGGGGUCACCGUCGCUCGAUACGUCCGCAGUAGAGUAAUCGCGCAUCCGAGCAGUCGAAUGCGAGGCGAUGCGACGGCUUCCCGUGCUAGGCGCAUAUCCAACCUUGAGAACGUGCCAACAGCUCCUCCGCAGAGCCGAAUACAGGGAAAUUUGACGCAACGCCGGCGAGGCCCCGAACUCGAUCCUCUGGAUGCGUUGCUUGCGAAUGGGCCACCGAAAACCUUGCAGCGCUUGCGUCCGGCGCUGCGCGUGCUCGGUAUCCGGGAACAGGCCGACGUUGAUUCCAUAUGCGGCUCGGACGCGCAUGCCCGCGACGACUGGUUGGACCGGAAGCUCCAGGGUAUGGUCACCACCAACGAUGCGGGCAGCAUCACCCCCCUCGAUCUAUUCCUUCUGAAGCAAGCCUUUGUUGAACGCAAGAAGAACAUGGGAGCUGGCGACGUGGAAAAUGCGGCAUGA